AUGGGGCAAUCUGAGCUCACAGGCUCACGUAAAAGGCUGCAAAGGUGCAACGACAUUGCCAAUGUGGCGAGAUCCGCGUAUAGAGGCAGUAGCUCAUGGCUCUGCCUUCUGUUAAGGCAUGGUAGCAUUACAACGACUGCGGCCAAGGGCCAAGAACUGUGUCGUGUAAUGGACGCAAAGCUAAUUCUAGCGAAAAAGGGGGGACUUCACAAUUACCGUCAGGCUCUCGGAUUCUUCUACGACAAGAAACUGACGAGAGAGCUGUUCAAGCAUGUCAAUAAGGGAGAGCAAAUGGCGGUCCUUCCUGAGCUGAAGACUGAUAGGCUCCGCAUGCAGCUAAGUACCGUAGGCGAAAGAUUUGCAGGCUUCAGAACAUCCAUUGCAGAUGAUUCGCGCAAGAGGAAACAGGAAAUUAGGGACUCAAUAGUGGCCAUUGAGAAAACCCUGAAUCAAGAGAUAAAAAGAAGGGUCGAUGCUAACAAGGCGCUUCAACAGAUAUCUGAGCAGAUGGCAAACGAAAUGCUGGACAGGCUGCAGCUGCGAAUAGUAAAAUACAUAGAAAGCCUUACGGUGUCGAUGGACAUGCUAAUAACACGAUGCGAAAGCCUGGAAAAGGGGCUUGCACAGAUGAAGGGAGAGCUGCCCAGCAAGCUUGCGCAAGAUUUCGCAUCUCUCCAGCGGGAAGCAGCGGCACUUCGUCAGGCAUUUACGACAGAGACGAAGAGCAAAAAUGAGCGUGAAAGUCUUGUGUGCAAGAAGUUUGGGGAAAUGCAGCUUCUUGUCGACUCUAAAUUUGAGGCUGAGAUUGCUGUCCGACAGGAACAGCUCAAUCUCAUAAAAAGAGAAGUCGAGAGGCUUGUCAAGGGGGACGAGGCACAUGAGCAGUUUCACGCCUUUAUCAUGGAAGAGUUGAUGGCCCUUAAGAACGGAUUGGCCCUCGCCACGCAGGCAAGGGAACAGUCGGACGAUGAGAUCAUACAGGCGAUCAAUCAGUACACCACAGCACUCCAGAAAGGUCUACGAAGCAUUAAUGCGCUGUAG